UCCGUGUCAACUUCCGCUGUUCAGAAAGCUGCUUACUCCGCCACUCUCUCCUCACUACCUCGAAGUUUGUUCCUCUGAUUACGACAAACGGUACAUUUUAGCUGUGUUUGUUUUGUAGUUUCAUAUUAGAUGCUGUUUUUAUAAGAGAAACCAUAUAUCGUCCACUCGACCGUAAAUGGUUGAAGUCGCAAAGCAAAAGUGAAGGGAUCUUUUUAAACGAGGAAGUAACUUGAUUUUCCGUGGAACAGCUGCACCAUGUGGACGGAUAAACCGAGGGGCAUCCGCGUGUCACAGCAGGAGCUCAUGUGUAAGAAGUCAUGUGGUUUCUAUGGCAACCCUGCAUGGCAAGGCUACUGCUCCAAGUGCUGGCGAGACCGUGCCCGUGCCCCCGGAGCACACCCACAGGACAGCAGAGCCAGUAGUGAUGGGACACCAGUCACCUUCUCCAAGUUUGAGGAGAAGAAGAACACUGAGAAAAGCCGUCGCAUCCAUACAGUGAGAAAGCUGUUCUGGGGAAACCCGUCUUCAGCUAAACCAGAUCCAAUAGACAUCCGAAUCAGCCCACUGAAGGCCUACCAGAGCCUGGAGCCUGGAGACUUCCCUGGUUUCCUCAAGGUUCUACGAAGCCCUCCCUCCCAGCGCCUGCAGUCCCGCUGUACGGCCUUCCUCAACACUAUGGAAGCCUAUCAUGACCUGCCAGUGCAGAAGCAGUCCGAUCUAGUCCAGGAUUUUUACCAGAAUUUUGCUGAAUGUUUUAAUGGCCUGCCGGAGUCUCAGGUGCAUCAGGUCAUGGAACACGUAGAGAAGCUGAUAAUGACACGCCUGCACAAGUGGGUCUUCUGCCACGACUCGUGUGACGACGAGCAGAGAGACCUGACUCUGCAGAGGAGAAUACGGUCCUUAAACUGGGUCACUCCUGAGAUGUUAGAGGUGCCUUUCCCUGAGAGGAAGACUGGAGUCACUGGAGACCCCUUUCUGCCUGCUAUCACUGCUAUAAUCGAGGUGGAUGCCAAGCGCGCCCCUCAGGACAAGCUGGCCUGUGUGUCCAAAUGCUGCCACCACAUCUUUGAGGCUCUGGCCAUGUCCAACAGUGAGCCAGCUAACGCGGACGACUUCCUGUCCGCUCUGGUGUAUGUGCUGCUCAAAGCCAACCCCCCGCGCCUCCACUCCAACAUGCAGUACGUGAUCCGCUUCGGCCUGCCACACAGUCUGAUGGCUGGGGAGAGCGGCUACUUCUUCACUAACCUGUCUUGUGCCGUGGCCUUCAUUGAAAAACUGGAUGGUCCAUCUCUGAACCUCAGCCCAGAGGAGUUUGAAGGCUACAUGCAGCACAAGAGAGCGCCCUCUGCUGGACACCGGAGGAAACAGGUGGCUAAAAGCAGCCAGCACUUACUGGAGGAACUCAAGGCAAGGCAGGAGAGCCUGGACCAGGGCAUGGAUGCCCUCAGCACACAGCUGCACCAAUGGAUGGAGACAGUUACAGCUCAGAUAGAUGAGACUAUGGCCACUUUCGCUUUGGUUCAUAAGGAGAUUAGGGCACAGAGCCAAGACUCUCCAAAUGCAGAGGAGAGAGGCAGCCCCAGCCCUGCACAGACGGACUGUUAAAAUCCCUGUGCUACAGUACAGUGUAGGUCUGUUUGUUAGAGCAGCUCCUAACUUCAGCUGCUCUCGUUUAUAUUCAUGGGGAACACUUCACCAGACAAGCUCCCUGCACUGACCUCACAUGGACCAGAACACAGCAGGGAACACUAGAUCUUGACCUUUAUGGUAUUUGACUGGUCCAUUAGUGCUAACAAACAGCUUGUACAUAGGACUGCGCUGUAAGGUACAUGUCCACUUGUUAGAAAUUUAACAUAGGAUUAAAAGCCGAAUCUGUUUUACCACUAUUUCAAAUGUAAAGGUCAGAUUGUACAGUCAUUUGAACAGGAAAAACAAUAUUGCACUAUUCUAUAAAGAUCCCUGUGGACUACAAUAUUUCUCCUAAUCAAUGUAAAUUGGUGUACAGCAUAUGUGAUUAAUGUGAUUUUGCACGUAUCCAAACAUAGGUGGGUCUGUGGUAGGAUAUAAAGGCUUAGACAAAGUAGCUUUUCUAAAACAAAAAAUUGCACUUUUUUCGUGGGUGAAAAUGAAGGUAUAACUAUGUAAAAACUCCACAAAUGUGAUAUUUCUCAUGAUCUCCCUGUGGUGUCAGGGCCAGCCUCUCUGUGCCUUUCCUGUGUCUAUAGAAGAAGCAAAGUGUUAGUACUGUUUACACAGUUCAUAUAAAGUAUAGUUUAAUUAUAAAGACAAAGCUGACUCAUUCCUUACUGACUUUUGUGUUUUCUUGAGGAUGUUUUCUAUUGAUCUAAUAAUAAAAUAAUAUAAACAGCCAAAUAA